UCUCCCGUACCCCUGACCUGCCGCCACCCAGCCCCUCUCAACCCUGCAGGUCCUGGCAGAGCUAUGAUCCCGAAUUCUACCUGGAGGUUUCUAAGAAGGGGAGGGCUUGAUCCAAGGUGGUGCCCCUAAUUUCACGGCCCUGACAGGAAACCCUGAAUGUGAGCAAACAGACGGCUCCCCAAAGGAGGGGGGGGGACCCGGGUCCUGCCUCAGCUAGUCAGCUUGCCCCCCUCCCCCUCGGGUGGAUGUGGCUCCCUGCGACUUCCGCCUCGGAUGUGUCGGGAAGGAGAGGACUGUAGUCCAAGGGACGCUCGCUGGAGUCUGUGGAGAAUACGGUUCUGAGACUGGUCAGGAAUCGACUGCCUGUGUCCUGUGCCUCCAGCCAUAGUCAUCAUGCCUCGUGGUCAAAAGAGUAAGCUCCGUGCCCGUGAGAAACGCCGCCAGGCCCGAAGUGAAAACCAAGAUCCCAAGGGUGCUGAAGCCACUGCAGCAGAGGAAGGAAAGUCACCAUCUUCCUCCUCACAUGUUUCUGGGAAAGAAUCCCAGAGCACUUCUGCUGCAGGCAUCCUCCAGGGAUCUCAGGCAGCCAGAUCCACCAGCACCCCUGCUGCUGCUGCUGCUGCUGCUGCUGCUGCUGCUGCUGCUUCACGUUCAAGUUCUGGUGAAGGUGCUAAGAUCCAAGAGAAGGGAAAUCCAAGAUCCACCCGUGCUCAGGCCGCCUCUCGCCACCCAAGAAAAGAUCCCCUGACUGAGAAGGUGGAUAUGCUGAUGCAGCUGCUGCUGCACAAGUAUAAAAUGAAAGAGCCCAUCCUCAAGGCAGAUAUGCUGAGUAUGAUCAGCAAGAAGUACAAGAAGCACUUCCCCAAAGUCCUCCAGAGAAUCACUGAGCGCAUGGAGUUGGUCUUUGGCCUUGACCUGAAGGAAGUCAGCGGCAGUGAUCCGUCCUACACUCUUGUCUGCAAGCUAGAGCUUUCCAGUGAAGAGUGUCUGGAUGAUGGCAGGGGUUUUCCCAAGACUGGGCUCCUGCUGCCUCUCCUGGGCAUGAUCUUCAUGAAUGACCACCGUGUCACUGAGGAAGAGAUGUGGGCAUUCCUGAAUGUGUUGGGAGUAUUUGAUGGUAGACAGCACUUCAUCUUUGGGGAGCCCAGAAAGCUCAUCACCAAAGAUUUGGUGGAGGAAAAGUACUUGGAGUACCAGCAGGUACCCAAUAGUGAUCCUCCACGCUAUGAGUUGCUGUGGGGUGCAAAGGCCCACAAUGAAAUCAACAAGAUGAAAGUCUUAGAGUUUUUGGCCAGGAUCAAAGGUACUGCUCCCAGUACCUUCCAGUCCCGUUAUGAGGAGGCUUUGAGAGAUGAGGAAAAUCGAUCCCGAGCCAGAAAUGCAGCCAAGGGUGGUGCUACUACUCCACCUGGGGCCACAGGUGCUAGGAAAGUCUGAGGCAGUGUUCAUUUUGGGGUUCAGAAGAGCUGUCAACCUUCUAAGCAAUGGGGCAGGAGGAGGUAGAGGUAGAGAAAGCAUAACGUAUCACUUUCUGUGUUCUGUUACUCAUAAGUAACUUGUAGAUUGAGUGUUUCUCCAGUUUUUCCAAUAUGUUCCUUUAACGUUUAUUUGGAUUCAGAUGCUACAUUUCUUGCUGUUAUAACCACACAAUUGCUGUUUAUCAAGUUUAAUGCUUUGUAAAACAAAUUGCAAAACUUUGUAUCUUUUAUUGGGAUGCAAUACAAGAAAACAUAGCUUUGGUUAAAUGGAUAUACUUUAAAAUGUAUAAGAAUUCUUAGCAAGUUGGGAUCACAAAAUGACGAAGAAAAAAAUAAAAGGUGGCCAAUUCUUGUUUUUCUUACUCCUUUUAUAGUCUGUUGUUCAAAUUAAAAGCUAUGUACCUAGAAUAUAUCUCGGUUUGCUUAGCUUCAAGAAUGUAGAUGAAAUUAAAGCAUCAUAAGUAGGAACUUGUGUUCACUGGCUGUUUUGUUCACCAGUUAUGAAUUGAGCAUCUGCUCUUCGAAAGGCCUCAUGCUACUUCUAGGGCUGUGUAGAGAAGAUCCAGUCCCUGCCAAAAACAUUUUAGAGUCCAAGAGUGGCUAUCAGGUAUGCAACAUGAAGAGACAGCAGUUGAAAAAGAACUUGAAGGACAAUACAGGGAAGGGCUGAGGAGGGAUAAGAAUCCAGUUGGGGACAGCCCAGUGUGAAGACCCUGGGACAAGCCAGGUUGGGAACUUGGGA